UAACGACAGACAGGCACAGAACAGCUGGUUCAAACGCUUCCCUGUGAAUGGCAAACAAGCCAAACACACGUGCAAUUGGAAAUUUGUUUUCCUUUUUGUUUUGCGCCAAAAUGAACCACUUUGAGAUACGAGAAAUUCCCGGCAAGGGGCGUGCCAUGGUGGCCACCAAAUCGUAUGCUACGGACGAGAUAAUCUUCGAGGAGGAGCCCUUUGUGUCCAGCCAAUUCUCGUGGAAUGCGGCUUACGGCUAUGCGGCGUGCGACCACUGUAUGCGGCCCCUGGAGACUGUGCUUGAGAACGUGCGUCGCCUGGCCAGCGAUGCGAAGUUGGAGGUGCCGCUGCUCCAGCACGACCCCACCGCGUCCUGGGUGGCCCAGUUCACGCAGUGCCAGCGGUGCAAGGUGCGCUACUGCUCAGAGGAUUGUCUGAUGGAAGCCCAGAAGCGCUACCACCGCGUGGCCUGCAUGGGCGCCUUUCGCGCGGACGACACACAUCCCAUCAAUGUGCUAAACGAGACCUGGAAGAAGAUGCACUAUCCCCCAGAGACGGGCACCAUCAUGCUAAUCGUACGCCUGAUGGCCAUGUACCAGCAAAGCAGCAAGAAGUCCGAGUUCCUCGAGCAGCUGCAGUCCUUCCAAGCGCUGAUUGUGAAUCGCGAGCAGAAGAUUUACCACAAAAUGCUGGGCGAGAACUUUGAGCAGCAGAUGGACCAGCUCUACGGCGCCUUCUGCAAGGCCUUUGCUGCCGAGGAGUUUGCCAUGUUUACCACACCAGACGCAUUUAAAACUCUCAUGGGUAUUAUGGGCACGAACAGCCAGGGAAUCGCCACCAGCGUGCUGGCACAGUGGGUGACAAAGGUGUCCGACCUGCCGCUGCCGGACGCGGACAAGACUGCCCUGGACACUGUCAUCGACGAUCUGUACUCGAAAGUCGGAGAAUUCGCUGGCGAAUUCCUGAACAACGAGGGCUCCGGCCUGUACCUGCUGCAGAGCAAGAUCAACCACAGCUGCGUGCCGAACGCCUGCUCGACGUUCCCCUACUCCAACGAUAUUGUCGUUCUUAAAGCUCUGGCCCCCAUCCAGGAGGGUGACGAAAUCUGCAUUUCCUAUCUGGACGAGUGCAUGCUGGAGCGCAGCCGCCACUCUCGCCACAAGGUGCUGCGCGAGAACUACAUAUUCGUCUGCCAGUGCCUCAAGUGCCUGGCCCAGGCAUCCGACCCCGAUGUGACCAGCGACGACGACGAGGAUGACGACGAAAUGGACGACUACGAGGACGACGAUGAUAUGAAUUAGAUUAACCGUCCUCAAUUUGUUACAAGAUCCGAUUUUUAGUAUAACAAAGAUAAAUAGCUUUAAAGACCUAAA